AUGAGUAAUAUUUUCGCGGAUGCUGAUCGUUUACAACGAGAUAGCAAUACACCGGACAGUCCAACCGGUGUGAUCGGAACCGAUUUUGCGGAUGUUCUUCACAAUCGAUAUCGUAGUGCCAAUUCUGAAUCAGUUCGACAAUUGGUCGUACGUGUACGUGUUGCCGAAGAGACAGCACAGUUGUAUCGCUCGGAGAAUCUGCGUCUAAAAAGUGAUAUUGAACAAGUUCGUAAAACACUGGACAAGAAAGACCACGAACUUGACGAACGUCGAAAUGAGUUGAGAUCUUGCAAUGAGGCGCUGCAGAAAGUGAUCGAUGAAAAAGUCGGUGAAGUUUCUGGCGUGGUGAACUGA